CAUCAUGAUGAAAUCCUUGUACAAUAUCCAAAUCUAUCCAAUCAAAAAAUGCAGCAAAAGUUUUACAGGUAAAGUAGCAUUACAAAGGUAUCUAUUUCUCCCUCUCCACCGGCGCUAAUGAUAAUACCCUCUUGCAUUCUGAUCACCGCCAUCAUCCACUUGUCUCUCUGUGGGGCAUUCUGUCGAGCACAAGGCGGCAGUAACAACACCUCAACCAAUUCCUGCGGAAGUAACGGCGAGUGUGGGGAAUUCGGGAGCUGCGACCCGCAAGCUGCACCAGUUUGCAGUUGCUUGCCCGGAUUCACCCCGCAGAAUGCUAGGGAUUGGGAGUCAGGGAACUGGAGCGGCGGAUGCGCGAGGAAGGUCGCUUUGAAUUGCGGCAACGCGACGAUUGGCGAUGGGUUUAAGAAGCUCGAUUCGAUUAAGAUUUCCAACUACACUUCCCGAUCGUCUGUUUCGGAAGACGAGUGUGAAGGUGUGUGUUUGGGGGAGUGUUCGUGUAUGGCGUAUGGGUUUGAUUCAGGGCUAGGUUGUUUGCUGUGGACUGUGCCGUUAAUCGACGUUCAGGUGGGCUCCAGCUUGGCCUCUGAUCUUUACAUCCGCCUCUCACUUGCUGAUUCUGAGUUUGCAGGUCACAAGAAAGGGUUUAAGAAGAUCUUUAUAGUUUUGCCAAUCCUUGGCUUUGUUGUUUUGUGUGUUUGCUCAUGUUUUGGUUGGAAAUGGAUUGCUAAGCAUCGAGUUGUGUGUGAAUUAGGCAAUGGAGAAGCCAUUGAACAUGGAAAUGGGAGGGUGUCGCGCAAUGAUACCUCUGCUCAAGAUGCAUUGAGUCGAGUUAAUCUUGAAGACGUACCGUUGUUUAAAUUUGAGGAACUGGCUAAUGCGACCAAUAGUUUCUCUGAAGCUAACAGGCUAGGGAAGGGUGGUUUUGGUCCUGUCUACAAGGGAGUUUUGGCUAAUGGAAGAGAAAUUGCAGUUAAGAGGCUUUCAACUGCAUCGGGACAAGGGAUGCAAGAGUUUAUGAAUGAAGUGAAGCUCAUUUCUAAACUCCAACACAGGAAUCUUGUUAGAUUACUUGGCUGCUGUGCAGAGGAUAGAGAGAAGAUGUUGGUAUAUGAAUACAUGCCUAAUAAAAGCUUGGAUUUUUUCCUAUUUGAUCAAUUGCAAGAGGUCCUAGAUUGGAGGAAGCGUUUCAAUAUUAUUGAAGGUAUUUGUCGAGGCCUUCUUUAUCUCCAUAGAGAUUCUAGAUUGAGGAUAAUCCAUCGAGACCUCAAGCCAAGCAACAUAUUGUUGGAUAAUGAUUGGAACCCGAAGAUUUCAGACUUUGGCAUGGCCAGAAUAUAUGAGGCCAAGCAAGAUCAUGUCAGCACAGUAAGAGUGGUAGGAACAUACGGAUAUAUGGCUCCUGAGUAUGCAAUGAAAGGGAGAUUUUCGGAAAAAUCAGACACGUUUAGCUUUGGAGUUCUGAUGCUGGAGAUUGCUACCGGGAGAAGGAACACAAGCUUCUAUCCCCAAGAAGGCUCUUUGAACCUCCUCGGACAUAUUUGGACAGCAUGGAAUAAAGACAUCGUCACGGCUUUGAUAGAUCCAAGAAUAUUGAGUUCAAGUUACCGGACUGGGGUGAUGCGGUGCAUACAUAUCGGAUUAUUGUGUGUCCAAGAACUUCCUGAAGACAGGCCAUUCAUUUCGGCUGUACUGUCAAUGCUAAGCAGUGAAACCAUAGAGCUUCCUGAACCAAAGCAAUCGGCGUUUUCUUACAACUCGAGCCGCACGGAUACAGGUACAAGUUCUUCUCAGCAGAGUAAGAGUAGUGGCUCCUUGAACAAUGUAACUAUCUCAGUGGUUAACGGUCGAUGAUGCUUGUCGACUAUAUACAUCUGUUUGGAUUUGUUGUAAAUGGAUUUUGAGGUCGGGGUUUAGGUUAGUGAAUUAGGCGUUCGCUGGUACUGAGUUACCGGAGAGUUUAGGAUCGCCGGUGAUGGGAAAACGGCCAUCAAGAAUCAGUCGGGAAUGGCUUGAACUUAUUGAGCUAAGAGAAAGAUAAGAUAUGGAAGUGUACCCAUUGCUUGAAUGUAAAAGAUGUGUACACUUGCUAUUUGAAGGAAAUAUAACCAAUUAAUACA